UCGAUUUAACGCGGAACCAUAAUUCAGGCUUUAGUAGGCAGCGAGGCUGAGAUGCCCGGAGGAGAUGUAAACACGGCCAGGGGACCGGACCGCUCCGCCUACAGGACCCCUGUCGCCUUUAUCGUCGACUUCUGAAUGUUUUGAAGUCAAAAACAGGCAGACGGACGCCAUUUAGCCAUAAAAAACUGCAAAAAACGAGCUGCUGCAGUCAGACAUGGAGGGGCAGCGGUCGGUUUAGCCUGAUGACGACGAUUUUUAAACCUCAACCAGGACUGCUCUAGUGUCUUCGCACAUGCCGGGCUUUUCUCCACUGCAAUGAGCGCCGCUUCGUAGCGGGAUGCACAUCAGUGUCUGGCCGUACUCGCUCUCCGUCGUGAUGGCAGCCCUGUACCAGGGCACGGACUCGUCCUCCCCGGACAAAUUCAUGGCCCUGAAAGACGUGAGAGAAGUGAAGGAGGAAACCACGCUGGACGAGAAGCUCUUCCUGCUGGCAUGCGAGAAAGGGGACUAUUACAUGGUGAAGAAGCUGCUGGAGGAGAACCAGCAUGGUGAGCUCAAUAUCAACUCCAUGGACGUGCUGGGCCGAGACGCCGUGACCAUCGCCAUCGAGAAUGAGAACCUAGACAUCUUGCAGCUCCUGCUUGAACAUGGCUGCCAGGCGACGGAUGCCUUGUUGGUGGCCAUAGACUCAGAGGUGGUGGGAGCUGUGGACAUCCUCCUCAACCACAGGCCAAGGCGAUCUUCCAAGCCUUCCAUCGCUAAACUAAUGCAGCGGAUCCAGAACCCUGAGUAUUCCACCACCAUGGACGUAGCUCCGGUCAUCCUGGCAGCACACAGGAAUAACUACGAGAUCUUAACUAUGCUGCUGAAACAGGACAUCUCUCUUCCCCGGCCUCACGCCGUCGGCUGCGAGUGCACAUUAUGCAACGCUAAAAACAAGAAGGACAGCUUGCGACACUCCAGGUUCCGUCUCGACAUCUACCGCUGCUUGGCCAGCCCCGCUCUCAUCAUGCUGACGGAGGAAGAUCCGAUACUGCGAGCGUUCGAGCUGAGUGCAGACCUGAAGGAGCUCAGCCUCGUGGAGGUGGAGUUCCGGAAUGACUAUGAGGAGCUGGCAAAGCAGUGCAAGAUGUUUGCCAAGGACCUGCUGGCUCAGGCUCGAAACUCUCGAGAGCUCGAAGUGAUUCUCAAUCACACGUCCAGCGAGGAUACCGUGGAUAAGAGAGGCCUGCUGGAGGAGCGCAUGAACCUCAGCCGACUCAAACUUGCCAUCAAGUACAACCAGAAGGAGUUUGUGGCUCAAUCCAACUGUCAGCAGUUCCUCAACACUGUCUGGUUUGGAGAGACGGCCAGCUACCGGCGCAAACACACCUGCCUAAAGAUCGCCACGGUCCUGAGCGUGGCGAUGCUCUGGCCGCUGCUCUCCAUCUGCUACCUUCUGGUCCCACGCUCUCGAUUCGGACAAAUAAUCCACACGCCGUUUGUCAAAUUUAUCAUCCACAGCGCCUCCUACUUCUCCUUCCUGCUGCUGCUCAACCUGUACUCUCUGGUCUACAACGAGGGCAAGAAGAACACGAUGGGUCCGCCGCUGGAGAUGAUCGACUUCCUUCUCAUUGUCUGGAUAAUAGGAAUGGUGUGGUCAGACGUGAAGCGCCUGUGGUACGAGGGGCUGGAAGACUUUCUGGACGAGUCGAGGAACCAGCUGAGCUUUGUGAUGAAUUCUCUCUACCUGGCCACCUUCGCCCUCAAGAUUGUUGCUCACAGCAAGUUCAAAAACGAGCAGGACGAAAGGAAGAACUGGGACGCCUUCCACCCCAUCCUGGUGGCCGAGGGCCUGUUUGCCUUUGCAAAUGUUCUGAGUUACCUGCGACUCUUCUUCAUGUACACCACCAGCUCCAUUUUGGGGCCCCUACAGAUCUCCAUGGGGCAGAUGCUGCAGGAGUUUGGAAAGUUCCUGGGCCUCUUCCUGCUCGUGUUAUUCUCAUUCACCAUCGGACUCACCCAGCUCUAUGGGAAGGACCACAAAAACCCAGACAAGAAGUCACCAAAGGACUGCGAGGGCAUCUUCUGCCAGCAGCAGAGCAACGAUGCAUUCCACACCUUCAUGGGAACCUGCUACGCCCUGUUCUGGUACAUCUUCUCCCUGGCGCACGUCGCACUCUUCGUCACCCGCAUCAACUACACGGAGGAGCUGCGCUCGUUCGUCGGUGCCAUGAUCAUCGGCACGUACAACAUCGUGGUGGUCAUCGUGCUGACCAAGCUGCUCGUGGCCAUGCUGCAUAAAAGCUUCAGGCAGAUUGCCAACCAUGAGGAUAAGGAGUGGAAGUUUGCUCGGGCCAAACUCUGGCUUAGCUACUUUGAUGACAAGUGUACUCUGCCUCCACCUUUCAACAUCCUCCCCUCACCAAAGACCAUCUGCUACCUGGUGACCAGCUUGAGAAAGUGGAUCUGCUCACACACCACAAAGGGCAAGAUGAAGCGACAGAAUAGCCUGAAAGAGUGGAAGAACCUGAAGCAGAAGCGCGAUGAGAACUACCAGAAGAUCAUGUGCUGUCUGGUUCACCGAUACCUGACCUCCACGCGGCAGAAGAUGCAGAGCACGGACCAGGCCACGGUGGAGAAUCUGAACGACCUGCGCCAAGACCUGUCCAAGUUCCGCAAUGAGAUGAGGGACCUGCUGGGCUUCCGGACGUCCAAGUACGCCAUGUUCUACCCGAGGAGCUAAAGAUGAUAAAAAAGACUCUCUCUUUCCUUGCUCAUGUUCUUUUUUAGAGCAUCUUCGCUUCGUAUUUAUGAGAUGUUGUGUGACCCGAGCAUGUGCGAAGACGCUGCACUUUUUUGAGUCACAGAGGCAACUUUAAAAACUUGGAACUUAACUAAAGACAUAUGUAUUCACCACCAAAGCCUCCAGACUGAGACCAACCCCCCCCACCCCCGUCUGCUAUUCAGCUACAUAACCUUUUUGUAAAUAAAGAAAGCCAUUAUUUCCAGCAGGGGGAUAAAUAAAGAUUUA